AGAGUUGUAAAAAUUGCCCCAAUCGUGCGCCUCAGACGUACGAGAAGGCGUGCCUAACAUUGCGCUUAAAUUUAAGUCUGAGAAUUGACGAGUGGUACUCUCUGCUUUGGAUUUACGCCUGACAAGUGAAUUGAAGAUUAUUGGCUGUGUUUGGAUCGUAUGUGAAGCUGAUCUUUUUGCUUCUUUACUGCUGAAUUUGUGUCUCUUUUUGGAGCGAGGGACGGAAUUGUGCCACACCAGAGCUUUCCGAGGCGCAUCAAAGGGCGAUACAGCUGUCAAAACGCGAGGUUCAGCAUUUUCCUCAACGCCUAACCUUGCGUGGCAGAAGUGACAUAUAAACCUCUGGUGACAGUGCACGUGUUGAGGAGUGUAAUCGACCCCGAUUCCUUAAAUUGGCGCGUGGAGAGCAAAUGGCCAUCGGGCGUCCGCCUCGCAGCGCGCACAAAUCCAUGUGAUGAGGAUCGGUCACACUUUGUGGAGCUUCUUUAUGGCUAAAACUGGAGAUUUUUCCCUGUGUGGACACGAUUUGAGGAACUAAAAGUUUUUAUUUAUACUAUUUGUUUCUUAUCUUAAAUUACUUUUACGGUGUCAAUGAUGACAGAGAAUAACGAGGUGGAGAGCGACUCUCAGCUCCAGCGCUCACCUAGCUCCAUGUCCAUCCAACCGAUGACAUCCAAGGCAAGUAUUGAAGGUUUUUGUUGUUCUUUUUUUAAGGGCUCACUUAAGCCGCUCGUCUUGUGGCCUUCCCUACAGUGUCUACACCUGAAUCCCACCCCCCACCCCAGAAAAAAGAGCAAAAACUUUCCAUGCAGCUCCCUCUACAAAUCCAGAUCUGAGUAACGAUAGGUGGAAUAAUCUUGUGGAUAUCUAUGGAUGUGUUUACCGUCACUAUGCAGUUUUGUGCGCUAAUUGUAUUUUUCCGGUACUUCGUGUAUUAUUAUUGAUGGCAGAACCUCACAAUUGCAGUUGCUGUCAUCAUGACUGCGUCACGAGGUGUAACCUCUCACGUAAGGUCUGAUGUCACCCCGUCUCCUCCUUUCUCUCCCCCUUGUCUAAACUUACUUCCUGCGACACACACACAGAAGUUUGUACCGUUACAUAAACUACAGACUGUGGUGUAUUUAAAGGGAAACGAUGGAAGAGCACAAAUGCAAGCGAGCUGUUAGAAACUUUUCUUUAGUAAUUUUUUGGCUGAUAUGCAGGAUUGGAAUCUUAAAGACCGAGAGCUAGGUGCCUUUACAAAGCGACUAAAUGAAUCCAUUUUAAUAGUUGUUUUUACUGUAUUCAAGUUUCAAGUACUGUACUUGUGCAAGCUACCUCGGUGCAUCAAGGACACUUCAUUCAUUCAUUCAUUCAAUAAGGCCCAAAAAUCAGAAUCAACUCCUCCUUGUCUGGAUCUUUAUGAAGCUCAUGCCUUGUGUCUGCUCCACCCACACACACACUUAGCUACAUAACCAGCUGAUUGUCUCUGCUUCAUUUGAAUAUGUGAUGCAUCCCGUGGGAAGCUGUAAACCAGCAUCGUUAGAAGUCUAUAUAUCGCCCCUCUCUGCCAUUUGGCUGUAUCCACUUCCCCCACGCCACACCUGCUGCUCCCACAGAAAAUUGGGUGAUGUUCCAUCUAUGCCAAGCUGGACUGAUUGGUAUUCACUUGUCCCCCCUUUUCUGCCUGUCUUCACCACAUCACUACCAUUUAUUCUCCCAACUAAUCAGACAGGCUAUUCAAUCACUAGCUCCCUACCUCGUCCCCCUCUGCUCUGACAAUCGAUUGAGGCUGCGCAGGUUGAAUACCUGUGCUCUGUGUGAGGUAGAUUUAACCUUCAGAGCUCCUGCCCCUGUCACAGCUCAUACAGGCAGGUGAAAGGUUGAUUUAGACAUCUUUUGAACUCUUUAAAUGGUCAGGAUUCAAAAGACUGGGGGGCAGGUAUCAGUGUGGAGUUAGGAGCCAGUAGGGUAUGCAUCAAAAUUGGGUAAGCAAAGCUAGCAUGCAGAGAUAGUGAGGCAGCUUCAAAGCCAGUACAACAGCUUGUGUCGGCACACUAGAAAGCAAUCUGAAUGCUUGUGGGCAACUUUUUUGUGGGUCCAUCCAAGUCGCAUUUUUUUUUCCAUUAAUGUGUAAUAAAAAUCUACACAUUAACAUUGUAUCUAUUUUUAACAAUUAAAAAAAAAAGCUAGAGGGUGUAAUUUUUGAAAGAAUCUAAUCAGACACGGAGCCAUGUAUCCGUGAUGUUAGUAAUUAGAUCAGCAUGACGAGGAGAGAGAAGGGGACUCGCUCUGAUAGCAGAUGCUCCUUGAAAUUUACCAGCAGAAAAUUUCCCACAAAGAUGAAUAUCAGAUAUCAGAAACACAGUGAAACUUGCCAGGGGAUUAAGAGCAAAUGAAGCAUGGACUUUCUCACAAAACUGUCCUGUGGUCUGUGCCAAGGCUGGGAGGAACGUGAGUGUUAGAGCAGAUGAGACGCCUGAGCAGCAAUCAUCGUGAAAUAGGGUCCUUCUUUACUGAGAGCUGUUUGAUCUGUCAGGGCUGGUGAUGCUGGUGAAAGGGGGGCUUUGCUUUGAUAGAGGUGCACAAGAAGACCUGUAUUUCCUUGAGAUGGGCACACAGGACAAUCUUGAGAACAGCGUCCAGACUGGAAAUGAUUCUCUGCUACACAUUUUAGAGGUCAGGUUCAUUUUUAGCUUGUCCACAGUGUGAUAAAAAUAUUUUCCCUUUGUUCCCCUUGUAUUUUACAACCAGUCCUUUAUUCAGUGUGGACUCUUUCGCACAAAUAUAGAGAUGAGUGAUAUUAGGUCACCACAGUUUUAAAUGGAGGGCCUGUCAUGGCUUACAAAUCAGUGUUAUAUCCAAACAUAUCUCACUGGAGCUUUUCAAUAACACUAAAACACAUAGUUUGUUGCAUGACAGUAGUUUAAUCCAUGAUUGUGAUUUAAUCCGUUAAAGAUUUUAAGCCUAAAAAGGUAGGUAAAAGACUUUCCCAGGUAUUUAUCCAAAAAAUCCAGCAGACUCAAAGCACUCAAAUUAAUAUCACCAUUUAGCUGUCUAUCAGGGACAGUGCAGUUAUGUAUCCGAUCUUAACUGUGCAUGAAACAGUAGUGUAAAUUUAGAGCUAUUCAUGAGACCAGAAUGACAAUUAAGAGAUCAACUAAAAUUAUUACAUUUAACUUCAAUGAGCUGUGACAGUUUGUUUUAAUUUUCUCAUCAACCUUUGCAGUAGAAGUCGUCUUAGCUCAGUUAGCGCAGUGACACUGAGGCACUUCUAAUAAACUACAGUGGCGUCUGUGGGAUCUCUGCUGCCAUUUUUCUGAGUUUCUUCGCUGACAUCUCUUUAAAACCACCCACCCUUUUAAUCUCAUUAACUCUCACUUCACUCCCUCCCCAAACGGAGGCUUUGUUACACAGAUUUGAGUGACGUGAGCCAAGGAGUAAGUUGCAGAGGGAGGCCUGAAGGGGCCAAGGUCUUCAUUAAUGAAUGUAACACCUCUACUGCUGUGAGGUUUAUUGAUGUGACACAACAGGAAAGGUGUGAACUGUGGAAAUUCUGGACUACUAGAAGGCUACAACUCUAGCUAAAAAUAAGACUGGUGCAGCGUUAAUGAGCUAUAGGAAUAUCUGUUAUGGCGAUUCGUUUUCGUCACUGCUGAUGCUCAUUCAGAAAUAGCCACCGGUCCAAGACUCACAGACACCGUGGUGUGGUUGAGCUGUAGUGUGUCUCUGUGUGUGAACAGUGAUUGGGUGAGUGAAAAUGGGCGGAUAAUGAGUUGCCAGGGCAGAGCAGGGUGGUGGUGUUGGUGUUGACUGUGUGUGCGUGAGGGAAGUGGCUGUAAUCCACACUACUAUUUCACACUGAGCCUCUCGGCUGUAAAACAAUCACAGAGAGGGUCAGAAGAGUGUGUGCAGACACAUGGGGUGUGUAUAAGUGCAUGUGCACCAGAGAAAAACAAUGGGAACAGCAUGUCAUUACGUAUUUCUUAUCUGUUAUUCAGAAGGGGAAUCUGGUAUGCUGUCAUUCAUGAUGUUCAUUUCUCACUGAGUAGAGACGGGGCUGGACACCGACUGAUAAAAACCAGGAGAUUUAAGCGGUUGAAAUACUUUGCUUUAAAAUUAUGAUUCAUUUAUUUUGUCUCUGACUGUGAUUUGCACUCCAGAAUAACAUAACCCGCCCCUCCUCUAACCUCUGUUUAGCUGCAGCGACUUUUGUCUCUUUAUUCCAGGUUUACAUACUCUGCACAAAACAAUUGACGCCACACAGCGAGCAAAGAUAUACAUAAUUACAUCCCAAAAUAAACCAUGUGCCUGGUAACUGAGGGUAAUUAUUUCCUCGGGUACCACAUACUCAGCUUAUGACCUAGAAUUUGACUGAGACAGUAAACUGUCUUUUUCAAACUAGACCACACAGGUUUUACCCUUUAUAAGGCGGACAUAUCCUCAUUAAAUAUAAGUGCGAGGUCAGACACUGUGACGUCCGCCCUCUGAACAGUUCUCUAUAGAUAAACUAGAUUUAAGGAAGGUGGGGCAUGAAGCUGAAAAGAACUUUCAAAGCUGAAAUUACAGACAACAGAAGAAAAAGACAUACUGCAAUCAAAAGUCACUCAAUGUAUGUAACGCUGAGGUUUUGAUUCUGGGUCUGUUGCAGUCACUCGGCUGUUUCUACCCUAUUUCUGCUGCACCUCCUGCUUUUCUAUCAGUGAAUCAGUCAUAGUGAAUCAGGGACUCGCACAGUGCUGGUCUUAAUAGGUAGAGUGGAAGAAGAGGAAAUAAGAUUCAUUUGAAGACAGGAUUUUUUUCACAGACAUCUAUUAAAGACCCUUCACUUAAUUCUGGCUCAAGGUUUUAGAGAGUUAGUAUUUUGACCUUAACUUGUGAUUAAAAAAAAGACAAAAAGAGUCACUUAGAAGUCCAUUUUAAAUCCUCUGUACUUAAAUCGAACAAACAGCAUAAAACUGAAGCACAUCAUAACCACAGACUGUAUUUAUGGUCGUAUCUCCAGUGGGGCCACAUCUCUGCCUUUCGGUCUUAACCUCAUGACAGGCAGCAGCACCCCAUAAGUAACUCAGCCUGGCCCUUGGCCCCAUUAUAUUCUGACAGAGGGAAGAAGAGCCACUCUGGAAUAAAAGCUUUAUCAUUGAGUUAUAUCUGCUCAAACCCUGCUGUCCCUAUGGAGAAUUGAUUUUGGACAUUUAUGGCCACAUGUGAGGAUGACUAGAGGUCUGUAUAUAGAUCAAACGUGUGAAUUAUGGGCUUUUCCAGGACAGCUGGAGCAGGCCUUUGUAAGCGGUCUGCAGCAGUGUGAAGAAUAUUGACUUUGCAGGUGCAAGUAACUGCAAUCUAUGUAAAGAGUUUGCAUUGCAUUAGGGUUGAUACAAAGAAUGUGUUUACAGAGAGACAUUAUUUUCAGGAAAAAGCAUUUUUCUGAAGUUGACAGGCUUUGUGUGUUUUACUUGUCAGAAUCACAGUAAAAGGAUAAAUGACAGGCUGAGUCGGGGCCCUCUCUACUUGACAAGCAUUGUCAUGAAAUUGCAGUGGAUCAAUAAUACAUGGUACAUCAAAAGCGGUGUAACAUCUGUGGAAACGCUCAGCUCACUCUCCCCCAGAUUUUUAUCAACAUCGACAUUUCACCUGUCAGAGAAAUGAGAGUGAGAUGAUGCAGAUGAAUGGAGACUGUGUGUACGAUGACCCAAAUACAGAAUGCUAUCACACCAGCUUUGACUCAGAAGUAUGACGCUCUCAGCUAAUGUUCAAAGGGAGGCAAACGGGAAUGCUUUUUGGGCUUGCACACUGACAGAUUAUUAGAUUAGCUGUAAUUGAGACAUGUGCUUCAGUAGGAGCUGUUCUGCCAGCACUCAUCCGCUAUAACUGAGAGAUCGGCUCACGACUCUAAUGCUGCAGUAUACAUUGGAAUAAGUGGCAAGUAUUGUGAUAGUAAUUAACAGGAUCAAAUUAUGCACAACACAUUCUUUAUAAAUCAUCACAACUUUAUGGUUUGUAAACUGUUACUGGGCGCUCACACCAAGCGCGAGUAAAAUCAUCUACUUGCUUAAUCUGCACGAAUCUAGACGUGUGAAUGAAUAGUAUUUACUCGCAUCAUUCGCGCGUCAAAGGUAAUUUCAACAGUAAUCCCUGCCAAUUCAACUAGCGGGAUCAAGUGAUCGACAAAAGUUUUUUACAAUUUACCAGGUAAUCUGACCUCCUCACUCACUUGUCUCCAGGUGAGCUCCGUUUUAUUCCGGUUUGGGUAAUUGAAAGAAAAGGUAUAUAAUUUGGGUCACCCACACACCGACUCAAUCAGUUUGUCCUCCAUUUAAGAUACCAGUGAACUACCGUCCAUUUUCAUACGUCACCCAGCACCCUUCAUGCUUGGUAGUUGUCGCGACGUGAAUACCUGCUCAAGUUGAGAUUGGCCCAAUUUGGGUCAUUUUUGCCGCCAGUGUCGUAGGAGUGUCUAAUUUUGUCUUUGCAUUGACUUAACAUGUAAUCCAUUUGCGCGAAUGAUUUUACUCGUGCUUGGUGUGUGGAGACAGUUAGAAUUUUAGCUGAUGGAGUUGUCAUAAAUCUUUGGCGGUUAAAAUUGCAUUUCUACACCUGGAAUGAGAAACAUGCCUCUUACUCAUCAUCAAAACCUGUGGAUUGUUGUUGGUGCCAAUCAGAAAAGUUCACAAUUUCAGUAAACCCACUGUAAGAAUCAGUUCUUUAGUUGACUGUUCAAAGAAGUCCAGAGAAAUCUUCUGUUCUCAGAUAUAACAUUCAUUCAGGUCACAUGAAAAGUAGUACAGCGCUUGACUCGGGAUGACAGAGCUCCUAGGAUCUCCAUCACGAGUGCCCAGUUCUGAGUAUAAUUCACAUUUAUCUCCUUGGGCAGGGAUUGCCCUGGACAGAGAGAGGUUGGACUUAAACACAACCAAGUAUCAAUGGCCAGUUAUCUCCGACAUGAACAGGCCAACCGCUGUUCAUGUGGUCUCACGAAAAUGUGCUAUGAAAUAUCUGUGUGUUUGUGUUGUUGACCUUGAGGUGUGUAACUACUUUAGCAAACCUGUCCAACAAAACAAAGAGAGCUUUGUGGCUCAUCAGAUUCUUGCUUAUCAAGCUAGGCUUCACACUGUUCUGAUUAGAAGAAAACAACCAGUAAGUUAAAUGAAAACACUUAAGUUGCAUGAGUUCAGUAAAAAAAAGUACAAAUCUAACGUUAGCAAUUACACCACAACCGCUUCAAACAGAUGUUUGUGCUGAAAGGGACCCAACACUGCUGUUUCCAUCAACUUUUAGUCUCAACAACAUACUAAGCAAAGUCUUAUCAUAUUUGUUAUCAAGAUGAUAAAUCUAUCUCCCCACCCCUCACAUGGAUGCAUUAGAUGAAUUAAAUGUCCUUACAUUUCUCUCUAAUCCCUAUAACCUCUGGCUUUGGAGAUGUUGCUGUUCAGCCACCUCUUAAAGCUGCAGAGAGCAGGACUGAGACCGAGUGCAGGAGUAGGGUGGGAGAGAAACUGUGGUUCGAUAUGCAGUGAGAAGCUCAAUUUAGCGACAAUGCAGCUGCGCUUCAACCUUCUCAGCGUGUCUCUUUGCAUUGCCCUCCGAUUCACCUGCAGCUCACCACACAGACAAACUUUCCACAUUCAGAGGAAACGCCAACAUUUUGCUAAAUCCCUUGCAUGCCUCUUUAAAAGACACCAAUUACAUUUGCAUCUGUUGCAGACAGACUGAGAACACAGGGGAGAUGGUGAUGUCUGUUUGUCCCUUUAUGUACUCUUUGAAAUUGCUCAGUGGUGGAUCCAAAAAUGACCCAAACACAGCUAUGUAAGAACAAAUCUCAAAGCUGCACACAGUUGGGCAUGUUCCCUAAAGAUACUAAAAUUUCCAUACACCCCUCCUGGAUUAUGAGCGAUAACUGAGAUAACUUGAAUAACUUGAAACUGUGCUCUGUAUAAAUACAGUAAAGAUAGAUUGAUAGAAAAUGUUUCUAUUUUAAAACAGUUGUUCUAAUAAGUUGAAAUAGAAAGUUUAAGAUGAGUUUUGACUCUAACUGAACUCUUUGACUCUUUGACUUUUAAGUUGUGUGGAGUAUUGCAACAGUAUUAAAACCCAUAACAGAUUUUAACUCAUGUGUAGUGAUUAUUAUAUUCUCAGCUUCUUACCUAAAACACAUUGUAUUUAAAUUGAUAUAUUUACACACAGCGGAAGGAAUUUUGCAAAGCAACUAUUCCUGAAUUGUUAAAACAGAAAUUUAAAUUCCUAUCAGUCACCUUGUAUAGAGAUAAGAAAACACCCAGAAAACAGACAAAAUUGAACACAACUAGUUAAACAUGGUUAAACAAGGGACUACAGAUAGUGUCAACAAGGUCAAAACAAAUGUCAAAGGAGUGCUUGCACUAGUAUGCCUGUCCUGAUGUACAUUGCUCUAUUCAUAUAAUGUAAUUUUUAGGGGUAGGAAUCACUAGUGGCCCCACGAUACUUGGGCCACAAUACAAUAUUAUUCCGAUAUUUAACAUUUCACAAUUCAGUGAGUAUUGCGAUACAAUGUACUGCGAUUUAUACAAUUUUUUCAACUGUUUAGCUAAUUAAGCAUUUGGCUUUCCUUUAUGUUUGUAUUAUUUAUGCUGUAUUUUAGUUUCGUGUAGCACAUCUUACAAACCUUAUAUAUAUUUGUUGUACUAACAUCCCCCUGCUGUAUGAUGUCAGCUCUGCCCACCUCACUGGACAACCAGUUGAUUUAAAUUUUUUUCAUGAUCAUAGAUUUUACUUCAUAUUAAUGAUUCAUUUGAAAAAUCGAUACUUGGUAAAUGAGACAAUACGAUAUAUCACCAGGCAAAAUAUCGUGAUUCUAUGCUGAAUCAUUUUUUUCUCCCAUCCCUAGUAAUUGUCAUUUUCUCAAUUAAAAUAGCUCAACGGAGCCGUACUAAUAAAUGCAGUCCUUUUACUGUGCUUGUUGACAUCCAGGUUGUAGAGAACUAUGGCUUUAAGGCUGAAAAUGAUGGGAGGCACAAAAACACAACAAGCAUUUUAGACUCAGGAUUUAAAAAGAACAAUAAGUUUGACUGACAAGUGCUUUUGACAGCAAUAGGCAAAGGGAGCUGUGUUUAAUUGUAAGUCGAAUAAAUGCCCAUAUCCUCAUAUAACAUAUUCAAACAUGUAUAUUUUCAGCAUCAACUACCUAGCCUUUGAAAUUAAUAAUAAGAAACAUCUCCAUCCUCAAAGAGCUGGAAGACAUGCUGCUGAUCUACAGAUAAAAACACCCUUCAUAGUAAUUACUGCAGAUAAACAACAGAUAUAGAUUACACACUGAAUUUUUAAUCUCCUACCAGAGAGUAAAAACAAAAAUCCUAUUCAAGAAUAUGUGUCGGACUAAAAAUAUACUCAGUCCCUGAUUAAAUCGCUAUCAAAGAUUUAACUUCUGAAAUGUUUAUCAAGCAAAACACACAGGGCACAACAUCAUUCUUCACAUGAAAAGCUAUAAUAAAUGGCAUUGCACUGUUUGGUACUCUAAUAUAGAUUUAUUAGAGGCGUCUGACCAUGGUAAUCUUUAUUAGAGAUCUAUAGGAAGCAAAUGAACUGUGAACACUUGCACUCAAAUACACUCCGACUUUUGUUUCUCCUGCUCUCCCUCUUUGGGUUCUUCACAAACACACACACCCACACACACAAACUCUGAUAGACAAACUGUUUUCAUAUCUUACUCCCAGAUGUGCAGAGCUGUAAACAGCAUGUCCCUGUAAGGUGAUUAUGUUUGGCGCUGAGCAGACAGCCAGACAGAGCGUGUGCACACGGCGUCUUCGGCCUACUGAUGAUGUGUCUGCUUUUCUGUCCAUGUUGAUCCAUUUUUUCCCGUGACAUGACCACACCCUCACACCACUCUCCUCCUGCCAAUCCCAUGUCAGCGCUAGAAACAGUGUCAGGGCAACAAAUGGAUGCCUAUCUUCAGGGAAACUAGCAUCAUCAUCUGUAAACAGAGCCGGAGGAAGAUUGUCAGGAAACGUGCAUUUAUCUGGCCAAUCAGUGCUAGAUAACUGCAGAAAACAAGGCUCACAGACGUGGCGGUCUCUGCUGUGACGUUUUGUUGUCUGAUUGUCUCAAAUGCAGCAACUGAUAAUCCUGAAAGAGUUUUUUUUUUUAAUAUAUAUUUUUCCUCGAUAUCCAAAAGGGAUUGAACAUGAAAUUUGAUAGUCUUGCAUAAUGUGGGCCUGUAAGUUUGGCCCUCUGAGAAGGAAUCAAUUAAUGGUUUGUAAGGAUCACACGUAAUCAGAUUAAAGGCACAUUCCCGCAUAAAAUUAAUUAAGGGUCAAACACACCGUAACUCCGAGUUAGACACCCCCUUGAGAGAUGAAUAUUGCUGACCACUUGCUUCUCUAGCUAUACCAACUUUAGUAACAACCGCAGGAUAGCAAUACACAAUGGUCUGUGGAGCCAUACACAAACCUCAACCAAAAAGCCACUCUAUAGCCACAAAUAAUGCUCAGAACAGCACUUAACUUCAUCAACAGUACAUAUAGGGUUCCAGCCAUAGUACUAGCCACCAAACAUCUUUUUAGCUUUGCCUGAUUUCUUUAGCAAACUAAACACAUCUCACCUGCUCUCUUCCAGCAGCAGCUUGUUUGUAGCGAGACCUCGGACCAAUCCAUUACGGACUGCUGUGGGGUGAUGCAGCUCAAGGAAGAACAUUUAUGAUCAUUGCUACAUAGAAAUGCAAUCAGACCGAGACGCUAAGGCAGAAGAACUAUCACGUCUGCAGUGCAAAAUGAUUAAAACUGUGAAUAUUACUCAAAGGAAAUGAUAAAGUAAUGAUCAUAAAUAUUCUUCCUUGAGCUGCAUCACCCUGCAGCAGUCCGUAAUGGAUUGGCCCGAGGUCUCGCUACAAACAAGCAGCUGCUGGAAGAGAGCAGGUGAGUUGUGUUUAGUCUCUUUGCUAAUGAAAUUAGGCAAAGUUAAAAAGAUGUUCGGUGGCUAGUAUGGCUGGGACCCUAUAUGUACUGUUGAUGAAGUUAGGUGCUGUUCUGAGCAUUAUUUGUGGUUAUAGAGUGGCUUUUUGGUUGAGGUUUGUUAAUGGCUCCACAGACCACUGUGUAUUGCUAUCCUGCGGUUGUUACUAAAGUUGGUAUAACUAGAGACGUAAGCCGUCUGCAACAUUCAUCUCUUGAGGGGGUGUCUAACUCAGUGUUACACUGUGUUUGACCCUAAAUUAAUUUUAUGCCGGAAUAUCCCUUUAAAAGCUUGACGAUAUAGUUCAUUGAUAGAUGAGAGUCUGUGUAAUCUGUCUUGUUUUCUGUCAUUGCAAAAGCUCCCCUGAUGUCACUCCUGCAGAAAUGCUGUUGACAUGCAGCGGUUUUUAAUGUGUGACCGUGGGAGUUCUCUAAAAGAAGCACCUUAUCUUGUUUAACCAGGGUCCAACGCACAAGAAGGAAAUGCCAGGCCUUGCUGAUGGGUGCAUACAAAUUGCUUUGCUAUUAAUGUGUUGUUUCCUUAUGAGGUCAUAUUGUAUUUCAUGAGUCACCCUCUUUCCCAGCGGUGUACCGAUCAGAGCAGUGUUGUGUUAAGGGAUGCCAGGAUAUUGCCUGUGCUAUCCUGAGGGCCUACUGGGCAUCUGUUAUUACUCCCAAGUGUUGUGCAGAAUGUUUGCUUGUCUUGAGUUUAUUCUUAGCAUACACUUUUUCUCUCUGUCUCUGUUGAUGUGUGUCUGCAGCUUCAAAGACUAAAACGCUCGCUGUCCUUCAAGACCAUGAUGCGAAGCAAAAGUGUGGAGAACUUCUUCCAGAGGUCCUACAGUGACGCUCGCCUGCCCCCGGAUUUCAUCACCGAUCCCCCGCCUCCCUCUCCCCCUCUGCUGCCUGGCUCUCCUCUCGUUGGCGACCGCUCUCCCUCAGUUUCGCCGUCUCUCAGCCCUAACCUCUCCAUCUCCUCCCACUCCCCUUCUCUCAGCCUCUCCCCAUCACUGCCCACCAAGCCUGCCCGGCCUCAGAUCACCCACUGUUUCCAGGACCAUGUUUUCCGCAAGCCCACCAACUGUCAGCACUGCAAGCACAUGAUAGUGGGUAAGGUGGCCAGCCAUCUCUCUGGGCUAUUUGCUGUUUACAAGCAAACACUUAGCUGUGGUUUGCACAGGAUAUCUGGCCUCCCUGUCUUUGUUUACCUGAUAUUUCAUGUGGUGCAAAAACAUUUGAAGGGAAGAGCAUCACCUCUUGGGCUCAUGACAUUUACGGUUUUCUUUGGAAACAUUUGCAACAAGAUUAAGAAGCCAAAUUUAGACAUGUUGUAAGUUACUUCCCUUCACUUUCUGGUGGAUAGUUUGUAGAAAAACCAGAUACUAUGGAAAUGAGGAACAUAAUGAUGUGAAGACUCACAAUCAGCGUAAUUGGACAAUUAUACGCAAACACUGACUCAGAUGAUAAGGCAAUGAGUAAUAGCAACGAGGCCAUUUGUCACACGUAGGAGCAGUUUAAUGUAUCUUUUAAUGCUCUGCUAGAAAGCGAAUAUGCAUCAAUGUCAAACUAGUCCAUAAAAGAUAUGGUGGUUUCAAAAGUCCCUUAAACUAAUGGCAGCCUUUUUAAAAAUGAGCUCAAUCUGGAUGCUUUGUUAGGAAUAAAAAUCAAAAAUAAAACAUCUUGUAUGUCUGAGAGUGUUGAUAGCUGCAGCAGCUUAUUGAGAGGAAUUGCAUCACUUUGAUUCUUGCAUGUACUGCGAGGGACUACCAUUAUUUCUGCUAAAUCUACUUCCUGUCGCUAUGAGUGAUUUCCCGCUUCCCCGCUCUUUAAGUCUCUGCUUGUAUUUUCUUUUGCGCGCAUGUAUUGUGGUUUUAUUCACGUAAUGCAUCACCUCUCUCCAGGUGCUCUCCUCCUCCUCCAGUCCCAAAACACAGUCCAGCCUCCGUUUUAUUGUUAAGCUGAUGACACAGAAUCAAUGUUUCUCAUCAGAGUAAAAGCAGUGUUUUCAUUCGGGCAACCAGAUGGACCUCUGCCUCUUUCAUAACAGACCUGUGGAUGUACAUCAGCUCAGGAAAUCUUUUAGUUUUAUUGUAGGAUGAAAAGCGACUCGACUUGUGGAUCACAAAAGCCCCAAACAAUCAACCAAAAUUUCAGACCACCUAAAUCACGAGGAGAAGGUCGCUCAGUCCUCACAGACAUGUAGCUCUGCAGCACUUGAAAACAAAGAUGAAAAAGCAAGAUGCAUGGAUGUCGAAUUGAUUAUGAUUGAGACAUCUCCAGCUGGUUUCAAUCUCCGCAGGUAGUUGUAGAAGAUGAGCCGUUGAUUAUGAAGCUGUUCAGCUCUGAGAGGUGCGACAGCUCGAUAAGCCUGAGACAGCUCUUGACUUUACACUUUAGCUGUGCAGAGAGAAACCUGCUCAUAUGAUCUGAAGUCCACUUUGGUUUGUUAGUCCUCUCUAUCCGUAUAGCAGAUGUGUGGCCUGCUGUGAGUCUAUUUGUGGCAGCCUCUAUGUCCCAACAUCCCCUGCCCUAACUCUGUCGUCUUUGUCCCUCUCUGCAGGAAACUCCAAACAGGCUCUGCGGUGUAAAACAUGCAAGAUGGCUGCUCAUCUAUGGUGCACCUCAGAGCUGUCUCAGCAGCUUUGUCAUGGAAAGGUACGAAUACAAUCAGUGAAUUUAAUGUUGCUCUUAUUUACAUCACUGUAGUUUUUUCCCCUCCUGGAAAAAUAAUCUAAUUUCUACACAAAGGAUGCAAUUUUAAAAAUCUAGUUUGUUUUGGUGUGUGUGUGGAUGUGGUGAUCCUGUAUUUAGUGGCACCAGGACUUUGUUAACUUCAGACUGAUUGUUAGCUAGCUGUCUCUACGCUCUGUGCCAGGCCUACAUACCUCAAACCUCGGCUUAGUAUUCAACACUAAAAAAAGUGGUCUUAGUAUAAAAUUGAAGUCAAAAUAAAUAGGAAAAAAAACAUGUCUUUUUUAAAGCUGUUUUUGUGGGCAGGAGGCAGUAAAUGUGGGGUGUUUAGAGUGGGAGGUGACCUGAAGUACAAUAUUAAGGCCAGGAGUCAAACCAGAGACCACUGUGAUCGGGAUCAGGCUCUUCUCUUCUCUUACAUAUAUAUAUAUAUAUAUAUAUAUAUAUAUAUAUGUAUAGGACUAUAACCUCUAUAUAUGGGAAAGCUUGAAUUGUAAUUGCCUGUAAUUGCGCUUUUUUUCACGUUGUCCCUGUAGAUAUAUCACACACUCACACACUGAAACACACACUUACCUGUCAGUCUUUAAGAUGAUACAAUGACAGAACAGAUGCAGGACGCAUCUUUGUGCGCUUAGAGAUAAAAGGUGCUGAUUAGGCUGACUCAAAUCAAAUCCUCACACCAUCUUGUGAAAGAGAAAAAAAAAACAAGAAUAUCUAUUUAUAUCAGUAUUUUUUCUUUCUGCUUAACACCUAGAAUAGUUGAUUUUAUUGGGUCUUUUAUUCAUUAUGUUUAUCUAUAUUGUUGGUUUUUUGUUUGUUUGUUUUCAUUGUUCAUACAGCUUUUAUUGUUUUUACUGUUUCUGCAAUCCUCAACCCGAAAGCUUUUUGGUAGGCCACCGGCUGUUUUAAAUGUGCUAUGCAAAUAAAGCUGACUUUGACUUUGACUAUGACAUUGACUUUUAAGUAAAUUCAUCUAUCAGGCCACAACAACACCCAGUUACUUGGAACUUGAGAUUUCAGAUACCUCAAGGCUAAAAGGAAGGACACCUCAAUGGGGACUUAAAAGCAUAGAGUAGUGCAGUUCUUUGGGUCUCAUGUGUCUCAUCCCAAUGUGGGAAUAUGAAUUUAGACACAGGUUGAAGGGCAAUGGUAGAAGGUGACGGCACCAGAGAGUAAAUUGAGAAUGAUUGCAGACUGAGAUUUUGUAUUUAUCCUCCAGAGCAGACAGAGGACAUUAGCAUGCAGCCAGAGGCAAGACCCACUGAGGGCCACUUGGAAGAUUUGAAGAGCACUGUGUUUAAAUAAAAAGACAGACAGACAGACAGAGGAAGAAGAGGGAGGCUGAUGAGGGAAGCUUAGGUACAAUAUCAACAGCCAACAACUGGGAGAUAGCAUAGUAACAAACGUAUGACUUAUUACCCUCGACUCAGAAUAAGUGUGUCUUCUCAGCAUAAUAUGACAAAGUGAGAGGCUCAUUUGCAAGUCAAAGACAAUUGGACAUCUCAGCUGCAACACAUUCUGCUUAAUUCAGUGUGAAAUUGCGGUUGUGUGGACUCGCACAUGGAGAAUCACAUGUUGGCGGCAGGUGUGUUAGCCAUGUAAUGUGAAGGGCUGAGCACAUUCCUCGGUCAUAAAUAGAAGCAGAAAGAGACGACUCUUUGUGUGCAAGAAAUGAGCUCUUUCAUCAGUGCAGUUUCCACAGUAGUCCUCCACAUCCAUCAAAGUGUCUUUAUGUGAAAUUCUGAUUUACAAAUAAGUACAAGUAUCGUUCUAUCAGUGGAUCUACUUCCUUUCAGCUUUAGAGAAAGUAAUAAAAAAAAACUAAAGCUCUCUUUUCUCCUCUUAGUCUGGAGCUUUCAAGCGAAACUUCAGCUCGCCGAUGCUCGUCAAUGACCAGUUGUCUGUCGUCAAGGAAGUUCAGCCAAGUCAAGGUGAGCACACCUGAGUGCCUACGUGAGUGUAUGUGUGUGUAUGAAAGAUUGCAUGUUAUGUCUCUGUCUCGUGUGCUUUUGUUUUGCAACGUUGCUCUUGUCCAGUCUCUUGGUUUUAUUUUAGAUUUUUUUGGCCUGCUUGUGCGUGUUCUGUAAGAAAAGCUGAACUGUCUCCAUCUUAUCUGACAACCGAGGAGCAUGAAGUGGGAAAAUAGAAAAGAACAAAUUCAGCUUCUCAAGGUAGCUGAUGGACGGUCUGCACCCUGAAAGUAUGUGGAUAAAUAUUUAUAAGCUCUAAUGUGUUUGUUUUUGACAUCUCUCUCUUCCAGCUGAUAAAACAUUUGAAAUAACUCUCUUGAACUUUCGCUUGCAUGUUUAAAGUCCCGCUCCGAUUGUAUCUUUUUUUUACUACUUAAAGUGUACUCAGUGGUUUUUUAAUUGUGAUUAUGAAGUUUUUAGCCAAAAUCACAUUACCUGUGUCAUUUUCAAGGGCUUUUCUUCUACAGAGCUCCAGUAGCUCAUUAGCAAUUCGCCUCUGAGUCAUGGGCGGAGACAGCACUGCUCUGCACACUCCUCUUCACACUAGCUUGGAGCCUAACAUUGCCGGUGUAGUAAAAGUGGCAGGUAACAUACGAACUAUUCAGCUCUUGUACACUAAUGUCUUUAGGGACAUGAUGAAAGUUAAUAUCAUAAUUAGCUUUCUUACGGGCAUUGCAAUCUGCUAACGCACACGCUUGUUCUGCGAUCGUCCUCCCAAUUUCUCUGAGAGUGGCCUGCACAGCGUGGCUGCAGGGGCAGAGCUUGAAUUUGCUACAUAGGAAAUCUCACUGUGUCUGAACCAUAGACUGUAUAUAAAAAGAAAUGCCCUCUGCCUCCUCGCUGGGUGAAGCCACUCCGAGAACAACACACUCUGCUUAUGGUAUUGUGGACAAACUUUGAAAAUUUAUUACACAGAAUAUAAAUUUUCCUCUCUCCUUCUUGCGAUGUUGACAUGUAGUUACCGUAAGACUGGUUUGUGCUCAAGUCCUCUUUUUCUGUACAGCUCCAUUUUUAAAAGUUAUUAGGGGGUUCAUGUUUUCUAUGAUUGACACUUGAAACAGCCUAUGGGCAUACAAGGAGUGUGUAGCUCACCCAGGGGAUACACUGUUUGAGCUGAGCAUCAUAACAGUGACUCUCCUGCUGAAUGUGUACAAUACUACUGCGCAAAGUUGGUUUCAGGAUAUGAAGAAAAAUCGCGGAAAUACCGAGAGCUUUUCGGCUUCAGAUUCCUAUACUGGCAGAAGGCGGAACCAAGUUGUCCAUAGUAUAUACAGUCUAUGGUCUGAAUCUGCUGUUUGGGUCUGUCGGAGAUUCACAGCAAUUUGAAAGCAGAAAUACUCAGAAAUGCCAUUUCACAUUUAAUUUUCUCAUUUGUCCUGUAGCAUCAGAAAAAUACCAUAAGAACAUGUAGACAACAAAAAAAAAAGAUUUUUAUCGGAGCGGGUUUUAAAGAACAACAAACAAAAAUUCUGCCCACUUUUGGGUUAGUCCUCUCAAGCUUUGUUCAUCAUAUCACCCGCCUGUUUUCACAAAGAGACUCCAAAUUUACAAAACACAUCACAUCUUUUGCCAAUUUGAUAUGUCAUCGUCACUCUGUCUUCUUCUAUUAGUGAAGUGAACAAGCUUGAGGCCAAACACACUGACAAAAGCUGCUCCAAAAGUAGCUGAACUUGUUCUUCCUUUCAUCAUCUUGUCAUAAAAGCGACUUUUUCUUUACUAUUUCAAUCACAAAGACGAAAAGAGAAACAGCCCAUCAUCUCUUUUUACUGUAUGCCUUAGUGAAUCAGGGUUAGCACCUCAUGCUGUCACUUUAUGGUGUUAUCCAUGAAUCAGGCUACAAUUAACCUAGAGCUCUGUCAGCACCAUGACGCCUGCGAGUGUGCCAGGGCCAGCUGACACUGCAACCUGUCAAACUCACUGCCCCACACUCUACACCAUGUCCUCAUAAUUACUGCAAACCAAAGGCUCAGUAAAACUCUGAACUCGUCUUUAUGCAUAUGAAUAUAAAAGGGUAUUUUUUCGAUUGGUUUACUCACAGUGUCUAUUAUUUCCCAUCUUUUGCCUUUUUAGCAUAUGAAUUGAAGAAUAUGAAUCCAUGCUUAUUUAUGAGCCUGUAGGAUUGAACCGUAUAAUGGUUAUGGCUCCAAGUUGCAUUCUUGUAAGAAACAUAAAAAUUAGAUUAUCUGUUGAUGUAAGUGAUAUUUAAAGUGACUUGUCGCUCUGGAUGCUGAUAACAUUAUUUCAAAGUUACAGAUGUAAAAGUUGGUUGUUUUUGUUUUUUGUCAAACUUUGUUCAAUCACAAAAGCUCAAGGUUUUACAGACAUACCAUUUUAUUAACCUCUCCUUUUGUGCUGAAAGGAAAGCUGAAAGGCUCAGAAAAAUCCUCUUCUGUAUAGAUAAAGGGCCUAUAGAGUCGUGCAGCACAGCACAGCGCUUCUUGGCUUACAUACUUUCACAUACAGUAGAUUUGCUCUCUGAAGAGAUAGCUCCAUCUCCGACUUUUACAACGAAUCAGGAGGAGAAAUAAGCUCUAUCACAUUCAAAUACUCACACUUGUGGAGCAGAUAUAAGACAUUCUGGCUGAAGAGUUUCUGGUUUUAAGUGCUCCUGUGAAAUUAUUCAUCUGUCUGGCAAGAGGAUAGAGGUACUAACUCCAAUAUGAAUCUGUUAUGAUUACAUCCUGGCCACACACACAAAGAGUGCAGUGAGAUACAUUCUGCCUUCUAUUUUCAAUAGCAUUGAGCCAGAUGGAAGAAAAGGCAGGAACAUUUAAUUCCUAACUUCAGAUAUACUCUGAUAGUCGUGAGCGCUGCCAUCCACAUGGCAAGGCACAGCAAAGAGUUUCUGAGGAUUUUCGUAUUUUCAAACGUAAUUUCUUACUCGCUAUCUCAAUUAUUACUCAAGAUAUAUAACAGCUAUUGGAAGUAAGCCAUAUCCAUUUCUAAUAAAUGAAUGGAGAGUAAAUCGCAGGGCAUACUGGAGAUGAAUUAGAACAUCCUGAUGUGUCUUUAACUUUUGGCCGCAGUCCUCUCUUGGAUUUAAAGUGGGUCACUUUGGUCCAGGACUUAUUGAGUUACUAUGGUUAAAUUUAGGUCCUCUGCUUCCUCCUGAUUGGCACAGGCACAUUAAUAAUGAUGUUCAGUAUAAUCUUGGUGUGUAGUAGAGGGUGCAGUGUGUGUGUAUGUGUGUGUGUGUGUGUGUGUGUGUGUGUGUGUGUGUGUGUGUGUGUGUGUGUGUGUGUGUGUGUGUGUGUGUGUGUGUGUGUGUGUGUGAGGAGCAGUGUCAAUUGGAACAAAUUAGAAUUUGUGCUUGUAAAUUCAUUUUGCAUCAGUGUGUGGGUGCAUGAGUUUUACGAAUGUGUGUGUGUCUGUGUGCGUAUGUGUGUGUGGUUUCAGAGGCUGCAAGGAUGCGUGUAGACCCCGUGUAUGCCGCCUUGCGCUACGGGACGUCCUUGGCACAGAUGAGCCGCUCCAGUUUUGGCAGUUUGUCAGAGUCACCGACACGCAGCCCGGUAUGACAUCAUCGCCCUGUGGCAGGUCCUGUUUGAUUAAGACAUUCAAAACUUUUGCAGCGUUGACCCUUUUAAUAAACUACUGAUAAAGUAGUAAAAGAUAACAUGGCAAUUUCAGAUAUGUGCCAGACUAGGUCACAGAUUCAUUGCCUUUGUGCUAGGCUAAGCAAACCAGGUGCCAUAGCAUAGUGCUACUGGGAGCAGGUCAAAGCAAGCAAGCCAGAAGGGGAGCCCAGAUAUGCCACUUUUAAGCUGAUUAAAAGUUCCUCAUAUUUAGUGUCAGGCCAGUUCCCUACUUAAAUACAACUUUGUGGAGAAGUUCUUAAUUGGGAAACUGGGGAACAUCUAUUGCAAACAUAAUGGAUGACAGUGGUCUCUGUGCUCCUCUCAUUAAAAAUGGUGCUGAGCCGGUGUGCACACUUCUGCAACAAGGACUCAUCUUUGCAUUGUGCAUUCUGAAUAAUUCAGAGCUGAGUAAAUUUAGUAUCAAACACAACCUUUCACCUCCUGGUGCUAACAUGUCAUUUUGUCCUCACUGUUUCCUCCUUUGGUAAGGGCGAGGGAGGUGAGGAGAGGCAGCAGAGGCAGAGCAGUAUGGAGGAAGAGAUAACACAAGAGACAGGGGGUAAACACAGCUGAGCAUCUGUUUUUUUUCCAUGUAUGUGCUGUGUGUCCAUGCAUAUGUGUGUCCAUGCAAACCUUGUGUCUAACUGUGCAUGUCUGUCUGAGAGCGUGAGAGGUGUGAUUUGUCAAGUGGAAAAAUAAUUACUUCCCUGAUUGUGUAUGUGUAUACCUGGUGCCCUAAAAGGAAAAAUUCUCACCCCUUCCAGACAUCCCUGUCCCAGAGCCUGAGGUGGAGAAAGAGGAAGAUGAGUGCAGCAGCCAAGCUCAGACUCCUGCAGAGGACAGCAGUGUAAAGGUAGCACAGAUUUAAUCCUUACACACACUUUCACCCUCUGUUUUAUCCUUCAAGCAAGUAUGUCCGCCUCACAUCCUCGCUGUCUCUCCAUGUCUUUAGAUGCCAAAGCGAAUUGAAGUUCACUCCAUCCACACCUAUGUUGCUCUUUACAAGUUCCUGCCCCAGGAACCAAAUGACCUGGAACUCCAGUGAGUAAGCCAAACAGGCCCUGUCAUGUGAAAGCACCACAGCUGUGCUUUUUUGGGGGUUUUCUUUUCUUUUUGUGCAUGCAUGCAUGUGGUUUCUCCUUUGUUUUACCCUGGCAGUUGUUUCUGCAGGAAGAAAAUGUCCCCACCAACUGUGGAGGACAGUGCACGACACCCUUAAGGACGACUAAUUAUAAACUUGUAGCCCGACACUGUCCCCUUGUAGAGGUAGUGCCUGAGCUGUGAGCCCAGCAGGGGAAAGGAUGAAGACAGCGAACAACUGAGAGAUGAAAGGAUGAGCGGGCACAGGAGAGGAAGGCAUAGAGCCAGAGAUUAGUGAGGAAAGGAGGUCCAGGAUGGAGAAACAGGUGGAGAAAUCUAAGAGUGUAUAUAGAGGAGUAAAGUCUAUAUCCACACUCAGAGACAAAUGAGGACAAAGAAAGGGAAGACAGAGCAGUAGAAUGAGGGCAGGAUGUGUGUGUGUGUGUGUGUGUGUGUGUGUUUGUUUGUGGGGGGACAGCUUUUACAAAGGUAGGAGAUCCGUGUAACAGCCAUCUGUGCCGUGACUUCGCCUGUGUGCCUGCAGAAUACACGAGCAACCGACUCAGAGCAUAUUGUGUCUCCAUGCUUCUGUCAGAGCGUGACGAGAGAAGACUGUAGGAGGCAAGAAUGACCCAGUAUUUUAGACAAAACAGAGAACAGACCAAAGUUUGAUCUGUUGGACAGCUUUUAGCUAACUGUGUGGUCAUUUAGGGAAAAGUCUGAGUGCAUUUUCAAAGCACACAGCAGAAUAUAAAGUAUACGCAAUCACAUCCAUCUCAUGGUUCCAACUGGGUUUUCACGGCCCCACUCAAAACGACCUGAGGCCCAUUAUCAGUCUGAGGCCCAGCGAUUAGGGACCCCUGGUUUGCAUGACCUGACUGUAACCUGUUAUUAUGAGCUCUUACCUCUGUGUCUCUCCCUGCCUCAGCAACUAUUUGUGGUAAUCAGACAGACAGACAGACAGACAGACAGACAGACAGGCAGGCAGGCAGACAGGCAGGCAGGCAGGCAGGCAGAGUCAAUGGACAAAAAUUCAAACCUGAAACAAACAAAGGAUAUUUGAUCACAAAGUCUGGUGUUGCUCAAUCAGUGCAAGAAAUAGGGAAUGAUUUUAGAUUUUUUAGAUAUUUUGAUGAGAAAUAAAUAUAAAUGCCCAUCCACAGGUAAGAGAGGAGGACUUGCUCAUCAAGCAGAUACCUAAGUUUAAAUAGAGCAUCCUCACAUCAGACAUUUGGGGAUAUUUUUGAGAAAACAGACUUAAUCAAUGUGCUAAAAAAAAGUGAUAGUUCAACAUUAAGUUUCAUUUCAUUUCCAGUCAGUGCUCCCUGUUCUAAUGUACCAGUAAGCUUGAUGUAAUAGAGCCGUCUUUCAUGGCAUUUGCUGCCCUUGUGCUUCUGCCACAUGAUGACAAAAAGUGUCUGAAAAAGGUCUUUGUAUGUAUCGCUAGGUUUAUGGUUUAAUGGGGGCUGAGAGUGCUUGGUGUGUGGCUGUUUCGAGUGGUAGAGAAAGUCUUCUUGUUGGAUUACAGGGAUUUUAACUGUAGUUUGUCUGUUUUAAAGAAAAUAAAAAACUUCCAAAUCACAAGUGGAAGUUUUGAAGGAAAGACUAAGAGCUCUCUAACUUUACAUUUUUCUAAACAGUUCAACACAGAAACCGGAGUUUCACACUUUCAUCUGGAGCUGUAGGAGUCCAGAAAUAUUGAUCAAAAGCACAAACAAAAGUGACAUUUGGUUGCAUUAGACUCACACUUUUGGAGUCCGUAGAAGUGUAUUUUUCCAGUGCAGAGCAGAGCUGCUGUUCAGGCAAACUUAGUCAAACUUUUGCACAACAAACACAACAUAAAAACUGUGACCUGUGCACGUGGAGAAACUUUCAGUGAGCUGAGUCUUUGUUUCAUACUGAAAAAGUUGCCUGUAAAAGUUUGUAUAUAUGGGUCUCACCCCAGUUACUAUGUUAUGUAACUUUGCGUGUGUGUGUGUGUGUGUGUGUGUGUGUGUGCUAAUGGUCAUAUAGGGCAGAAGUGAGAGCAGGAGCUGUAACAUACUGGGACAGCACUUUCUCUCCCUGUAUAUCUAGGACAUUGGCUACGCUGUGCUUGCGUGUGUGUGUGUGUGUGUGUGUGUGUGUAUUUGUAUGAAAGUCUCAUCAAAAACUGCUCCCAUCAUUAGCAUGCAGGCGAGGUUGGCGACAGAUCCGGUCUAGCUUUCACGGCUGCUGCAGCAGAGUUGUAUUUCAUGUCAACCUCAUGACUUUGGUGUCGGUUGCUUUGUCACCUCAGCAGACGGACACAAAGACUCUUCAUCAUUUUAACCUCCACAGCUUCGUUACCCUGGAUACAACAGCCUGCUAUGGCUGUCUGAUAAUGUUAUCUUCUGUUCUCACCCUCAACUCUCUUUUGGUUCUUUUCUUGCUGCGCCUCACACUCUCUCUUCACCUUUCUCUCUCCACCUCCAUCAUCUCUCAUUAAAUGCGUCAUUUUUUUUAGUCUUCUAUUUUGUCUUAUCUCCUCUAGACCUGGUGAUCGGGUGCAGGUCACUGAUGACUCUAAUGAAGAGUGGUGGAAGGUGGGUUAUGAAUCAUUUGCCAACAUCAGUGCGAGUGUGUGAGCCCUCUUGUGCGCUUGUUGAUAUGUAAAUAGUGUGUAUUUGAGUGUAUAUUAAUAUGUGUGCACGGAUUCAGUGCGAGGAUGUGUUUGGUAAUUCAAGGCUGUAAAUCAAGCCUUUAAUGCAGAACACCUGCUCCAUUUUUCCUGUGAUCAACAUGCAGGCAGCCACAGACAGAAAUAGAAACACAAUUUUCUCCGAAAAUUACUCAGAGUUUAACAUAAUGAACUUGACUAGUGUUGAAACCCAAAAGAGCUCUUUAUUGACUCUGUAAUGAGCUUCACUAGCUCCCCAUGGAAAUGAAUGUGCAUCAGUGAGUGUGUGUGUGCAUGUGUUUCAGUCACAGAAAAAAACAGACACAUCCAGACUUUAAUGGUUAUACUGAAGUUUAGUCUAAUCUCCCCCCGCUGGACCGAUGUUUACUCACGUCGAUGAAGUCUGAAGUGAAGCAGCAACCAUGAAACACCUUAAAUCAACACUGCUGCAAGCCCUAAAUUAUGUAUUAUUUGUGAGUCAUCCAUUCAUUACUUAUGUAUAGCUUGUGAAUCACUCCAAUAAACACAUAAACACCUGAAGCAUGGGGCGAUAAACAGUGAAAUACUGCCGCAUAAUGAGGUUUAAUCAGACAUCAUCUGCUUUUACUAGUAAACAAAGGGCCAUACUUGGCUGGUGCUGUUUUUCUUCAAAUAUAUGGAAACAAAUCUGCCAUUGAGGUUACACAUUUCCUCAUUUGCAUUUAAAAACAACAGUCACAUUAAUUUGAAUAAUUUAAAAGCUGUUUCCACACUUACUCAUCGCACAGAGUGCUAGUUAAUGUGUUGCCGUCUGUCUCAGUUUGUCCUUAAUUGUUUAUUAACAUUAGAAAUAGAGAAAAUUGAAGCCAACAAAAUAUCGCUCUUAGUUUAAACUGACAUAUAGAUGUUGACAACAUUUACAUUUGUCAGCAAGUUCAGAAAAAUCCUGCCUGGAGGGUCAGAAAUUCAUCCCACUACUUAUCCACCUGUAAAACACAUGGUCACCAACAAAGUUAACCAGGGACUAAGAGGCGAAACAAACUGUUAUAAUGUGUAGAUAGUGUGAGACUAGAUGAUUCAAUGCAGCAUGUGAUCUGGAAGUUAUCAUGACAACAGUAGAAGUUACAAAUAUUAAGACAUUGUGCUGCUCUCCUGUGUUUGUCAGGGUAAAAGUGGCGACAAAGUCGGCUUCUUUCCUGCCAACUUUGUGCAGAGGGUCAGGCCAGGAGAGAGAGUGUGGAGGGUUGUCCAGGGUCUUCCCGGCAAUCGAGAAAGAGGACACAUGGCCGUGCGGGAAUCCCAGGUAUGCAUAAUUCUUCAGCUCUCUCUUACUGCUCUGUUGCUAUCUUUCUUUCUUUGUGGUUUAAUUGAGCUAGAAAUAGAUCAGCUGUUUUUGAUUCAUUUGUGGACUUAUUCCAGACUUGGCAACUCAGCCAGAAUUGAAAUAGCUACAAAAUGUUCAGGGAUGUGGCAGCCACCCACCACUUGUCUGGGCUGUAGCUCCAGUCAAUGGCUGCCGCCAUACUGUGUUGAUCUACCACCCAGGUGUAAACAAACACAGUGGACAAAUGAAACCUCACAGACCUAAAAAAAGGACACUAAGGGCCUGAUCUACUAAAUGUUUGCAUGUGCAAAAACACAUACAAACUUGAUAGUGCACGCAAACCUGAUCUACUAACUGGGUGCACUGAGGAUUGCGUCUGUCAAAUGAGCAAAACAGCAUGCGCAAUUGAUUUAGCGUGUUUGCCUUCAUGAAUAUGCAGAAUGUAUGUAGAUCAUCAGAACAUACAAAAUUCUGGGAGGAGCACAUGCAAAUGGAAUCAUUUAACGACCGCAAUGUGAUCUAUCAAACCCGGAAACCAAUUGCGGUCGCUCUUUUGCGUCUAUAUUUAGCACGUUUGAAAGGCACAUGCAAACUGGAGCAGCAUUGCGCACGGUAACUGUGGAGAGAAGGAUGCAGAAGUGCCAUGAUACACGCCAUGAUCCUUGUCAAAAAGCUCGUGAUUUAUUUCGUUUUUCCAGUUAAUGACGAUUUUCAUAAAUAAUAAGGUCAAACACAGAACAAACAAAAGUUAUCUGUUUGUCUUAUUGAUUUUAAAUCGUUUUAGUCCCUUUUUAGAUUUCUAGUAUAUCUUCUUGCAUCUGUAAAGCACUGUGAAUUGCCUUGUGUAUGAAUGGAGCUGUACAAAUAAACUUGCCUUGCCUUUUAUGCAGUUCCCCAAAACGAUAUGUGCAACUCCAUGGUUUCAAACUCUCUGCUCUCACAAACUCUCCAUGGUGACAGCCGAUAGCGCACACAAAAUCUCUGUUUAAAGAGGGUGGUCCGCACCACUUUUGCUCCCGCUAUCAAUUGCGCACGCACUGAUAGUAGAUCACCCGCAACACUCCCACUAAUAGUACGUGCAAAUUUUUAGUUUGCACACGCAAUUUAGCGUUCGCCAUUUUGGAUCUUAGUAGAUCAGGCCCAAAGUAUGUAUGCUGUCAACAAGUCAACUCUGCAGCAAAUAUAUAUAUAUAUAUAUAUAUAUAUAUAUAUAUAUAUAUAUAUAUAUAUAUAUAUAGAGCUCUGGCCUUGUGGACUUGUGGAGGGGGGGGGGGGGGGGGCCUUAAAGUGACAGUAGCUUAAAACAGAAAGCUAGAGACACAGGCUGAAAUAAUGAAAUUUUGAUACACCACUGUGGGAAAUUUGAGUCUUUAUUUUGACUGAAAAUUAGGUUAAGCUAUAAAAGAGGGAUCAGAAUGGAAAUAUAGAGAAAUAUAGAAAAUAAAAUAUAGAAAUAAAUAUAUAGAUAUAAAUGCAUGAUUUUCCCUCCUUAAUGUCUAAUGUUAAAUCAAGGUUAUCUUAUUAACUUUAGUCGAUAUUGAAUAACAUAUUCUUCUUUCAAAUGCUUGAUUUUUUAUGUAUUUUUUUUCUCAAGAGAAGUUUAAACUCUAUAUGCAUGCAAUUUAUCAUUGUCAUAUAAAGCCAUUAAUUACGAUAAUAACUAUAGUCAACUCUUAUAGAUGGCCAAGCAAGUUAGUCAAUUUCAAUAAUAGCCAAUUAUAGCACAUUUUUUAAAAUGAUCAAGAUGUUUAGUCAUAUAAUUUCUGUGUCCCUCUAGAUCUGUGUGGGGAAGUUAGAAGACGGUGAGAUGUUUCUGAAGGUGAGCAGUGGAAAGAAGAGAGGGCUGGUCCCGGCUGACUCUAUCGAGGAGAUCUGAGCCUCUGUAUGCACAUCACCAUCCUUCCAGUUUGACUUCCCGCGGGACACACCCUUGAUCAAACUAUUACCAUCCCCCUCCCUUCACUCAACUCAAAGACUGCAGCAGUCUCCUCAACCAGUCCCGGCUGACUUCAAACAAACACAGAUAAAGUGGAUGAAAAACAUACACUUCUGCAAAGAACAAAUCUCCAAAAACAAAUGGUUUUCUGCUGAAUUGGUUAACUGUCUUUAUAUGAGUCUUUAAUGGACUGAAUGGUUAUGUAGCAGUCCUGUUUUUUAAAAGAAAUUGUUUCACUGGAGUCUGGUGUUGCUGCAGAUUUAUCUUCCCAAUGCAAAAAUCAAUGUUUAGUUUAAACACAGCUAAGACAUGUCAAAGGCUCCAAAUGGGCUUACAUAAAGCAGAUUCUCAUUUUCUGUUUUCCUCAUUAAAAAGAAAUCUACCGACGUGGGAGUCCUCUCCUUUCCUUUUCUUUAUUAACAGAUUCGAUAUGUCUUGUUGCUGUCUGCUCAUGUCAGGGUCACUGGCCUGGGGAUGGAUACACACUCCAUGUAGACUGUUACAUGACUCAAAGCAUUCGCCAAGGACAACCACUGCCAGCCUAAGAAAGCUACUGCCGCUAAGACAAGGAAAUCAAAUAUAAGUGGCACACGUGAUCUAGAGAGAGUUCGAUGGAGUUCGAGGUGUGCUUACCAAGUUUAGAGCGCAGAGAAGAGGAGAUUUUCAUCAAAAAGGGCCUUUUCACAAAAAGCUUGAAAGAAUUUUCCUCUGACUUUUCAGUUUGAUGUAACUUUAAAAAAUCACCAAGAUCCUCUACACUCAAACCUAUCACUGUUUCAAACUUGAUUACAGAGCUCAAAUUUCCAGGAAUUCGUGAAAAAAAUCACUCUUUACUUUCAUGUUUUUGGUGGUAAUUUUCCAUCCAAGAACACAACAUGGAGCGUUGUAUCUUGACGGAAACGGAAACAGCAGGGACUGUAUAAGGUCCCUGUUUUUAUUCUCUUGAUGCGCUUUAGCCAAUAGACCUUGGCCAGUCUGGACACAUCACAACAGGGAUGUUUGUGACUAUGACAAACGAGUGUCACUGACAGUUUGACAACAAUAGAAAACAAAGGGAGAAGGAAGCGUGGUAUGAGGAGUGAGAUCAGGGCUGGACAGGUAUGAGUCAGUGAUUGCACACAGGUAGUGUUGUACCCAUGAGUGGACGAGUCAUCAUCGAUCAAACGUCAAACUGUCAUCUCCAUCUUCUUCUCCUCCUCUGUCUUGUCCUCUCCUUACUGAUGUGCCUUGUCAGAUCUGACACGAGCUGAAGGCAUUUCACGUGUCAACUUUUCAUGGGUAUGACUUCUAUCGAUUUAUUUAAUCACUACAGUGAUUAUUAUAAGAAAUUUGAUGUAUUCCUUUAGAAAAACAUCAUGUUUGAUGGUGGGAACAUCCUCCGAAACAUAUCGCUUGGGAAGGAUGAAAAGGGUUAAGGAAAUGUAAGCUCGAAGCAAAGAGUGGCACUUGAAAUAAUGGGAAAAUGUGUGUUACCGUCUUCUUUCAGAGUAGAGUGAUCAUCUGCUAGCUCCUUCAUUAGUCUACUUUUUAUUCUAUGGAACAGCCUUUAGAGUCUGUGAGGUAUAAGCUCCUCUUCUUCAUCACAAGAAUAGCACUUUGAUUUAUGCCAUUUGAAAUAAUUGUCCUUUUGUUUAAAGGAAGUCUUUUAGAGUGAUUGCUAUGUCACUUUGUUUCACCACCUUUAAGCUGAUAGUUGUCUUUAUGUGUCAAAAGUUUCUCAAGUAAAAAGCGUCCGAAAUGUGAAAAAUAAAAGACAUAGCAACAGCAGCCAUCUGAGGGAACAAUGGAGUUAAGCCAGAACUGGAGUCAUGAUUUUACUAAUGUUAGCUCUUUGUUUUCUUGUGUUGUACCUAGUUUCUAUAGUAUCACAUGUCCAAACCAUAGACUGUAUAUACAAUGGACAACUUGGUUCCACCUUCCAUUAUACGAAUUUGAAGCCGAAUUACUCUCGGUAUUUCCAGGAUUUCCUCCACUUCCUGAAACCACCACUUGCGUAGUAGCGUUGUACGCAUUCGGUGGGAGGGUCACUGUGAUGGCGCUCUGCUCAGCAUAUCCCCCCGGCCAAGCUACGCAAUCUUCAUACGCCCAUAGGCUGUAUCAAGUGUCAGUCAUAGAAAAUAUGAACUCCUUUCUACAGUUUGUCCGGUGCUCCAUAGAGAUUGCUGGAGGAGGCGGGAUUUAUGACCCAUACUGCAGCCCAUCACUAGAGGGUGCCAUUCUUUCGGUGGCUUCACCCAGCAAGGAGGCAGACGGUGUCCAUUCUAUAUACAGUCUAUGGUUCACACCUUUGAGAAGUCAAAAUGUAAAGUACCUGUUUAGAUGUAAUCUGAGUCCAGAGUCAUUGAUAAGCCACGUACCUCAAUAAAACACGUUUAUAAACA